AUGAGUACCAAAGAAGGCAAAAGUGAUGACAAACAGCGCAGUCGCAAAGACAGAGACCGCCAAGACGAGGAUGUCAAGGCCAUGGAAAGAGCAAGAAGAAGCGGCGGCAGGAGGAAUCAAUCCACAGCAUCUGGUGCCGAAUCUGAGAAGGAAGUAGGUCUCAGCAGGUCUAGCAGCCAUCGAAAUGACCGUCGAACUCGAGAUGAGCGAGAGGCCAAAGAUAGAGCUCGCAAUGGACGAUCCUCGUCCUCCUCUCGACCAGGCGUUUCACAUGAGUCAAGAACUUCCGAUAGAUCUCGCCAAAAGUCGAGUGGAAAAAGCUCGAGAACGAGUGGAUCUCCUCGUGGCGGUCGCAAAAAGAAUGACGAGAAGAAAGGCUAUCGCAACCGACGAUCGUCUACUCCUGGAGCGCAGGCUGAGGAUGUUGCUAGCCCACGUUCGCGCUCAUCUCGUCGUAGUGGAAGCAGAAAAGGAGAUGAGAAGAAAGGUUAUCGCAACACUGGAGCAUCUACUCCUGGCGUACAGGCCGAGCGAAAAGUUCGGGACAAAGCAAGUCGAAAAGUUUCGCGACACAACAGUAACAGCCGAAACGUCCAUAUGGAUGGCACAAUUGUAUCAAAUGCGACUGCUGGAGAUGACGGUUAUGCUGUUCAUGCCAGCAUUGUUGGGGCGGGCAGCGCUGAUGAAGGUCCAACUAAAGAGGAACAGGAAGCCCAAAUGAACAAAAUGGCAGAAGAAAAAGCCAAAAGACUCCGGGAGCAAGAACGGGAGGAAGAGCGUCAACAAAGGGAGCGUGAAGAACAAGAAGCAGAAAAGAAACGCAAAAAGCGUCGCAAUUUGGUGAUUCUUCUGGUUCUACUACUUUUGAUUGGUGGUGGUGCUGCAGCUUACUUUGGCACCAGAGGAGCUUCAAACGGAGGUGGCGAUGUUGCUGUGGACGACGGAAACAAUCAAAACCCUGCUGAUGAUACAACAUCCGAAUCCCCUUCAAGUGAUCCAACCAUGGCUGGAACCAACCCUCCAUCGCAGUUUACUUUCAAGUACCCUCCACCAGACCUGGAAGAUUGUCAACGUCUGAUGGAUAGAGAGCCUCCAUUGGUCGAGGAAGGCACUCUUGAGAAUCGGGAGUUUGAGGUUGAUUUCGAUCUAGGCUUAUCAAGUGCCGACACUAAUACGACUUCUGUCUUCCCCCAGGUGGAACAGAAGAUAGCCGAAUGGUUGCUCCCUCCACUUGUGGGAUGCGAUCUUCAGCGUCGCCUUGACAACGGGCCCUCCUCAUUCAAAGGUAUUCGUGGCGAGGCAUUGCGUCGAUUGCAAUCAUCAGAAGAUCCUCUCCGAUACAUGAUUGCUGAUGUGUUGGACAUCCGUGCGGUUGAUCAAGCGGAGAGAUGCUCUACGGCCUCUGACAUUCCCAACUGCAACUUUGUGACCUUGAAGAUGAAUGUACUGCUUCGUGGGGAUGAACUGAACCUGUAUGUGGCGACUCUACUGUCUGGAUUCUUCCCAGAAGGUCAAGAUCUCAAAGUUACAAUUGGCUUCUCCGAUGACAUUGCUAUCUUUGCGGCAAGGAGUAUUCGCGCGACUGGUCCUACCAAGGCUCCAAGUGUGAUGCCUUCUCGUGAGCCAAGUGUUUCUCCUUCAGACUUUCCAACCAAGGAGCCAACGAUCCCAAUCGCUGAGUCUAUGAAUCCCAGUGCCCUGGUUCCUGAACCUACCAAGCUACCUUCUGAGUCACCCAGCAAGACACCUUCCGCAACUCCAUCCAGUGUCCCAACUCCCACUCCGCCGCCAACAUUUGCUCCCAUUCCGGGAACAACGCCAAUUCCAACACAGACAGCCUCUGGAACUCCAUCGCAGGUUCCCAGCAAGACUCCCUCGUCUGCGCCUUCUGUUGCUCCUGUCAUUGCAGCCACCCCAUCUCCAACGAUAACAGCGUCAUCAAUGCCCUCGAUGAGCCCUUCUGCUGCACCCAUACACGCCUGUGCGUCAUUGGACCUUCGGGAUUUUAAUGGUCAGAAAGUGUUUGGAUACGACCAAAAUGGCGCAGAACACUUUUAUACCUUUUCAGCAUCGGGUAUGGCUUCAUGGCAGAUUUGGGAUGGAACCAGCAGUGUAACCAGCAUGCUUGAGAACUCGCGUGAUCCUUCCUUCCUUAGCGCCUCUUACGGAGAUACGAUGACUGGCAAGAGUGGAGAGGUUACUCUGCUCACCACCACUAAUACGGCAUCCUACCUUGAGAUCAAUAUACUCGGUAGCUCUAGGUUUGAAAUGAAGAUAUAUUUGGCUGAGCCUGGAUGUUUAAUUCCAGCGUCUGGCAACGUAUCCUGUGGAUCUACGUUGGGGACGAUUACGAUGGGGAGUACAUUAUUUGGAGAGGAUCAAAAUGGAUUGGAACACCAUUACACAUUUGAUUCAGCCUACGGGGAGUGGAAGAUUUGGGAUGGAACAGGCACUACCUCCCUGCCUGAAUCUUCCCGUUCUCCUUCUGGAUUGCGAGGCUACUAUGAAGAUGUGAUGACUGGCAAGAAUGGUCAAGUUUAUUUGCUCUCGACUUCUGAUGCCUCGUCCUAUCUUGAGAUCAAUACCAUCAGUAGCUCUUCUUUUGAAAUGAAGAUCUAUCUUUCUGAGUCUUCGUGUGGCAUUCCAGUAUCCGGCAACCCUUGUGGAGCUACGUUAGGAACGAUUACGAUGGGGCGUGAAGUAUUUAGGGAGGACGAAGGUGGGCUUGAACACCAUUACGCAUUUGAUUCAUCCUAUGCGUAUUGGACUUUUUGGUAUGGAACAGGCACCACGUCGAUGCCAGAAAGUAGUCGUUCUGCUUCCGGACUGCGAGCCUACCAUUCAGAUAUGAUGACUGGCAAGAGCGGUGAAGUGUUUCUGCUUUCGACUUCUGAUGCCACAUCCUACCUCGAGAUCAAUGUUGUCGAUAGCUCUACUUUUGAAAUGAAGAUCUACAUUUCCGAGUCUUCAUGCGAAAUUCCAGUGUCUGGCAACGCUUGUGGAGCUACGUUAUCUACCAUUACGGUGGGGAGUGCAGUGUUUAGGGAGGAUGAAGAUGGGCUUGAACACCACUAUGCAUUUGAUUCAUCCUAUGCGUAUUGGAAGGUUUGGGAUGGUAUGAGUGCAGCUUCGAUGAAUGAGAAUAGUCGUUCGGAAUCCCAGCUGCGAGCGUAUCAUUCCGAUAUGAUGACUGGCAAGAGCGGUGAGGUGUUUCUGCUCUCUACCACUGGUGCAUCAUCCCUCGAGAUCAAUGUCAUUGAUAGCUCUAGAUUUGAGAUGAAGAUCUACAUUUCCGAGUCUACAUGUGAGAUUCCAGUGUCUGGCAACUCUUGUGGAGCUACGUUAUCUACCAUUACGGUGGGGAGUGCAGUGUUUAGGGAGGACGAAGAUGGGCUUGAACACCAUUAUACAUUUGAUUCAUCCUAUGCGUAUUGGAAGGUUUGGGAUGGUAUGAGUGCAGCUUCGAUGAAUGAGAAUAGUCGUUCGGAAUCCCAGCUGCGAGCGUAUCAUUCUGAUAUGAUGACUGGCAAGAGCGGUGAGGUGUUUCUGCUCUCUACCACUGGUGCAUCAUCCCUCGAGAUCAAUGUCAUUGAUAGCUCUAGAUUUGAGAUGAAGAUCUACAUUUCCGAGUCUACAUGUGAGAUUCCAGUGUCUGGCAACUCUUGUGGAGCUACGUUAUCUACCAUUACGGUGGGGAGUGCAGUGUUUAGGGAGGACGAAGAUGGGCUUGAACACCAUUAUACAUUUGAUUCAUCCUAUGCGUAUUGGAAGGUUUGGGAUGGUAUGAGUGCAGCUUCGAUGAAUGAGAAUAGUCGUUCGGAAUCCCAGCUGCGAGCGUAUCAUUCUGAUAUGAUGACUGGCAAGAGCGGUGAGGUGUUUCUGCUUUCGACUUCUGAUGCCACAUCCUACCUCGAGAUCAAUGCCAUUGAUGGCACUACUUUUGAGAUGAAGAUCUACAUUUCCGAGUCUACAUGUGAGAUUCCAGUGUCUGGCAACUCUUGUGGAGCUACGUUAUCUACCAUUACGGUGGGGAGUGCAGUGUUUAGGGAGGACGAAGGUGGACUUGAACACCAUUAUACAUUUGAUUCAUCCUAUGCGUAUUGGAAGGUUUGGGAUGGUAUGAGUACAGCUUCGAUGAUUGAGAAUAGUCGUUCGGGAUCCCAGCUGCGAGCGUAUUAUUCUGAUAUGAUGACUGGCAAGAGCGGUGAGGUGUUUCUGCUCUCGACUUCUGGCGCAUCCUACCUCGAGAUCAAUGUCAUCGGUAGCUCUAGAUUUGAGAUGAAGAUCUACAUUUCCGAGUCUUCCUGCGAAAUUCCAAUCUCUGGCAUCCCUUGUGGAGCUACAUUAUCGAGUUUUGGCAAUGGUCCCACGGUAACUGCAGUCGACACAAGCGCCAAACAGCACACAUAUGCCUUUGAUGAAACAUAUGCACAAUGGCAGAUUUCGGGCGCAGACAAUUACAUGUCUGAAAGUAUGCGUUCUGCUUCCGGACUGCGAGCCUACUAUUCAGAUAUGAUGAGUGGCAAGAGCGGUGAAGUUAUUAUGCACGCUGGUACUGGCUCCGGCUCUGUUGAUGUCACCAUAUUGAGUCCUUCCACAUAUGAAAUGAACAUUUACGUAUCGUCUUCCUGUGCAUUGCCAUAG